AUGGCUGUCGAGCACAACCGCGGCCACUACACGGUCGGCGUAUUUCUCGAUAUAGAGAAGGCGUUCGACCGUGUGUGGCACGACGGUUUGGUGUCGAAAUUGCUCGACACCAACACGCCCCGGCUCGGCGAGCGACUUAAACAGUCCUCCCACGACUCCCUCAGCCGGCUGCUGGGAAGCAGCCGGCUGAGGCUUUACCGGCCGGCCGGCAGGCCGGCCGGUAAACGAACGACGCUGGGGUGGCACACCCCAGCAGUACGCCCGGGCAAAGAGCAUAUGCUCGAGGCCCGCACCCGGCGGUCCUUACGGAAGCCAGAUGUGACUCACAGAGUUAAUGUGUCUUGGCAGAAGUGGAGAUCACUAACCGGAGUCCUAUGCGACCCUCGCAUGCCUGUGCGAACUAAGGGUAAAAUCUAUAGGACAGCGGUGAGGCCGGCUAUGUUGUACGGAGCAGAAUGUUGGCCAAUAAAGGGGACACUUGUACAAAAGCUUCAUACCACCGAGAUGAAAAUGCUGCGGUGGUCUAGUGGAGUCACGAGACUAGAUAGGGUGCGAAAUGAAUACAUCCGCGGUAGUUUCAAAGUGGCCCCAAUAACGGAGAAACUUACCGAAAGCCGUCUCAGAUGGUAUGGCCAUGUAAUGCGUAGUGACGAGGAUUACGUGGUCAAAAAAGGCUUAAAACUACCCGAAUGCAAAAGAGGUAGAGGACGUCCUCCAGCCACCUGGUGGACCAGUAUGAACAAGCUUGUCGCCGCGGAAAAAUUGCCCGACCCGACAACCCAGGCCAGAUUGUCCUGGCGCCGAAAAAUUAGGAAAACCGAUCCCGCAUAA